AUGUGGCCAUCACUUAUAUGGAAAGCCAAGCAAGGCGGGCUUGAUGUAAUUGACACUUAUGUAUUUUGGAACCUCCACGAGCCUCAACAAGGACAGUAUGAUUUUAGUGGCAGACGUGACAUUGUGGGAUUUAUCAAGCAAGUUCAAGCUCAGGGUUUGUACGUUUGCCUUCGGGUCGGGCCCUUUAUUGAGGGUGAAUGGUCAUACGGAGGAUUUCCAUUUUGGCUUCAUGACGUGCCCGGCAUUGUAUUUCGAUCCGACAAUGAGCCAUUUAAGUUUUACAUGAAGAAUUUUACAACAAAAAUAGUUGAGUUGAUGAAAUCAGAGAAAUUGUACGCGUCACAAGGUGGUCCUAUUAUACUUUCUCAGAUUGAGAACGAAUACCAAAAUGUAGAAAGAGGCUUCCACGAUAAAGGGCCGCCAUAUGUUAUUUGGGCCGCUAAGAUGGCUGUGGGCCUUAAGACUGGUGUCCCAUGGAUUAUGUGCAAGCAAGAUGAUGCUCCUGAUCCCGUGAUCAACACAUGCAAUGGACUAAGAUGUGGAGAGACAUUUGUGGGCCCAAACUCACUAAACAAGCCAGCACUUUGGACAGAAAACUGGACACACUUCUAUGAUGUGUAUGGAAACACCACUAAAAUCAGAGCAGUUGAGGACAUUGCUUAUCAGGUUGCUCUGUUCAUAGCCAAAAUGAAUGGCAGCUUCAUAAACUAUUACAUGUAUCAUGGGGGAACAAACUUCGGUCACACAUCCUCUGCGUUUGCAAUUACCAGUUAUUACGACCCGGCUCCCCUCGAUGAAUACGGCUUAAUCACACAGCCAAAAUGGGGUCAUCUCCAGGAACUACAUGCAGCGGUAAAGCUGUGCUCACAGACUCUACUUUACGGAUCACGGAAUGUUACCUCUUUAGGUGCACUACAAGAUGCAUAUGUAUAUCAUGGAGAUAAAGGAGAAUGUGUCGCAUUUCUGGUAAAUACGGACGGUGGCAGAAGAAUUGCAAACGUGCAAUUUCAAAACCAAAUGUAUCAACUUCCUCGAAAGUCGAUCAGCAUUUUGCCAGACUGCAAAAGUGUCGUGUUUAACACAGCCAAGGUGAGCACCCAAAGUAAUACAAGAACAAGGCAACCAGCUGUGAAGUUGGACUCACCUGAAAAAUGGGAAGAAUACAAUGAAAUUAUUCCAACACUCGAGGAUACCUCUAUGAGGUCGGAUUUUUUGCUAGAACAGAUGAGUACUACAAAAGAUACGUCUGAUUAUCUAUGGUACACUGCAAGCUAUCAGCAAACAAAGGACUCGGAACAGAUGAUUACGGUAAAGUCUCAUGGGCAUGCUUUGCUUGCAUUUGUCAAUGGAGAGCUCGUUGGUGCUGGACAUGGAUUUUUCAGAAAUACAGAUUUCACUUUCGAGACCAAAGUUGCUCUCAAAAGUGGAAUUAACAACAUCUCUUUGCUAAGCAUUAUGGUUGGCCUACCGGAUUCUGGUGCAUUCAUGGAGAGAAGGGCUGCAGGAUUGGAAUCCGUCAGCAUUCAAAGUAAUCAAGUUCUCGAAAAUACGAGGACUAACUUUCAAUGGGGUUAUCAGGUUGGGCUACUGGGAGAGAAGUCACAGAUUUACACAGAAGAAGGAUCAAAACAUACACUGUGGAGCAAAUUAAGCAAUUAUUCUCAGCCACUCAAAUGGUAUAAGACCAAAUUUGAUGCACCUGAUGGAACUGAACCGGUUGCACUAAAUCUUGCCACCAUGGGAAAAGGCGAAGCUUGGGUUAACAAUCACAGUAUCGGCCGAUAUUGGAUAUCCUUCCAUACGCCGGAUGGCAAACCUUCACAGAUAUGGUAUCACAUACCAAGAUCUUUCCUCAAACCUACAGACAACCUCUUAGUAUUAUUCGAAGAAGAAGAAAAAGGCGAUCCUACAGGCAUAACAGUUGAUACUGUCUCGGUUACUAAAGUAUGUGGACAUGUUAAAUACUCUCAUCCGCCGCAUGUCACCACAUGGAUAAGAGAAAAUCUUUACAAACACAAGUACAAAUCUACGUACGAAAAGCGCCACAGAAUAACUAAACCCAAAGUCCGGCUCUACUGCCCUACCGAUAAAUACAUCUCGAAAAUCAUAUUCGCCAGUUUUGGAAGCCUUACUGGUGGUUGUGGUAAUUAUACAAUCGGGAGCUGUCACUCGAUCAAUUCCAGAGCCGUUGUCGAGAAUGCUUGUUUAUGGAGGAAAAAGUGUUCUGUUCCAAUGUCAUACCAAAGAUUCGGAGGGGACCCGUGCCCGGGAGUUCAGAAAGAUCUGCUGAUUGAGGCACAUUGCGAAUAA